UUCGCCGCCGCGUCAUCAGACAGAGAGUAACCGCCGUCGCUGCUCCGGUUUGUUGACGUCCGUGUAACAAACACACACCACAGCGACGCUUUUCUGCUCCAACAGUGAAAUUAAAUGGCUUCGAGUUUCCGUAAAGCAGCUCCUUCCACCAGCCACAGGAGAAAGACUGCGGCUAAAGUGGAACUCACCGAGGAGCACAAACAAGAGGUCAAGGAGGCGUUUGAUCUGUUUGACACUGACGGCACUGGGACAAUAGACGUGAAGGAGCUCAAGGUUGCCAUGAGAGCUCUCGGGUUUGAGCCAAAGAAAGAAGAGAUCAAGAAGAUGAUCGCAGACAUCGAUAAAGAAGGUUCUGGAACGAUAGACUUCAGUGACUUCCUCAGUAUGAUGACGGUGAAAAUGAGUGAAAAAGACUCCAAAGAGGAAAUAAUGAAAGCUUUUCGGCUGUUUGACGACGACGGCACGGGAAAAAUCUCCUUCAAAAACCUGAAGCGAGUGGCCAAAGAGCUGGGGGAGAACCUCACAGACGAGGAGUUACAGGAAAUGAUCGACGAGGCCGACCGUGACGGAGACGGGGAGGUGAACGAGCAGGAGUUCUUGAGGAUCAUGAAGAAGACAAAUCUUUACUGAACUUUUGUCUGUUUGUCUGUUUGUUUUCUACGUUUCUGUGUGGACACUUUUUACAGCAACUUUCUUUUUGGUUUGUAAAUAAAUAUUUUAAGAUGUUUUAUCUUUGCACAUUACAAAUAAAUCUGUUUCACCUCAA